AUGGCCAGCAGAUUUUGGUUUGGAAAGAAGAAAAGUAGUAGCAGCCAUGGUGCCGGUUCAGAAAAGAAGUUCUCAUUGGACGAUGCUUCUCUCGCCGCAAAACCCAGAAGGCGAACCAGCUUCUUGUUUUCUUCUCCUUCUCCACUGCAAGGGUCGAGGCACAUUGAGAGGGAUAAUAGAUCCUUAACCCCAACAAGAUCUGAAUAUUCCGUAUCAACAACACCACCACCCUUUCCCUUUCGACAACAUCAUCAUCAUGAUGAAGAUUCAUUGCCUCCACCAGCCACUUGUUUAAGCUUCAAAUGGAAAAAUAUCUUUAAGCCAUGGAAGAAGAAGAAUAAUAAUAAUAUAAGAUCAUCAUCACCAUCAACUACUAGGCCCUCUCCUCCUCCUCCUUCUUCUUCUUCUCCUCCUCCUCCUCCUCCUCCUCCUCCUCCGCCGCCGCCGCCACCGCCGCUGCCAAACCGAGGCCAUGGCAACUUUAAUUUUCCUCCGCUCAUCGCUUUCAGAUCCUUCCAAAUUCGUCAUGCAACCAACAAUUUUAGCAGAGAGAAUUUAAUUGGAAGAGGUGGGUAUGCUGAUGUUUUCAAGGGUCGUUUGAAUGGGGAAAUGGUAGCUAUAAAAAAAUUGAACAAAGGGAUUAAUGCUGCAAAUAAGAACUCGCCGUCGCCGUCCUCCUCGUCGUCGUCGACGUCAUCAUCGUCAAGCUUUCUGAAAGAGCUAAACAUCAUUGCCUACAUCGACCAUCCUAAUACUGCAAAGCUUAUUGGAUACAGUUCAGAAAAGGAAUUCUGCCUCGUCUUCCAACUUUCUCCACUUGGAAGUUUAGCUUCUAUUCUCCAUGGUCCAAAUAGGCACAUAUUAACUUGGAAUAGAAGGUAUAAUAUUGCGCUGGGAAUAGCAAGAGGGCUGUUGUACUUGCAUGAUCAUUGUCACAGGCGAAUCAUUCAUAGAGAUAUUAAAUCUGAUAAUAUUCUGCUCACUAAAAAUUUUGAGCCACAGAUUUGUGAUUUUGGGCUUGCAAAGUGGUUGCCACCAGAUGCUGAUCAGCAACAUGUCACAAAAUUUGAAGGCACAUUUGGGUAUUCUGCUCCUGAAUAUUUGACGCAUGGAAUAGUAGAUGAGAAAACAGAUGUUUAUGCAUUUGGGAUCCUGUUGCUGGAGAUUUUAACCGGGCGUAAGGCCUUGGAUUAUUUGCAACAAAGCAUUUUGAUAUGGGCAAAGCCAUUAAUUGAUGCUCAUAAUGUUAAGGAGCUUGUUGAUCCAUCACUUGGUGAAGAUUAUGACAUAGAGCAGGUGGAACGUCUUCUUUUGACUGCUUCUCUCUGUGUUGAGCAUUCUCCAUUCUUGCGUCCUCGCAUGGUUCAGACUAUGGAAUUGCUGAAACCUGAAGAAGAUAUAAUCUUCGAAUUUGAAAACGAUGGAACUCCAAGGCGCGUUACUUGA